CGCAGGUGUUACACUGAGACUGGUCCUCCGACACAACGGCUGCUCGGUGGUUCGUGUGAUGUUAAUGUUUUACUCCGCAAACAGUCGAACAGCGGGACGGAUAAAGACUGACAGUCACCACGGGUGAGGAUGGCGUUGCAGAGGGUAGCAGUAGUGGGUGCAGGAGCAGCAGGACUCUGUGCAGCCAGACACAUCCUGUCUCGUCCUCACAUCUUCGCUCCUCCCGUCGUGUUCGAGCAGAGCGACGACGUCGGCGGCACCUGGUGCUACGAGGAGCGAGUCGGUUCCUAUGACAACGGACGGCCGAUUCACAGCAGCAUGUACAGAAACCUCAGGACCAACCUUCCCAAAGAGGUGAUGAUGUUUCCAGACUUCCCGUUCGAGCCUCAGCUGAGCAGCUUCCUGCCUCACCAGGAAGUGCAGAGAUACCUGCAGAGUUACUGCGAGAGUCACGACAUCCGAGCUAACGUCCGGUUUAACACCGCGGUGGAAAGCGUGAAGCCGGUUGCCGUGACAACAGGUCGCGAGGAGGAGAGAACGACAUGGGAAGUGACGUCAUCGGAUUCGUCAGGUUGUCAGAAGACGGAGACGUUCGACUCGGUCUUCGUGUGUUCGGGGCAUUACUCUGACCCUCACAUCCCAGACAUACCAGGGAUGAACAACUUUAAAGGACAGGUGCUCCACAGUCAUUCAUACAGGUAUGCAGAGCCGUUCUCAGGUCAGUCCGUCGUGGUUCUGGGAGCCAAAGCUUCAGGACUGGACAUCUCCAUAGAGCUGGCUAAAGUUGGUGCACAGGUGACACUGAGUCACGGUCGUCCUCGUCUCACCUUCCCUCUUCCUGCCGGGAUCCAGCAGUCCAGUCCGGUGGAGUCGGUGGAGGAUGACGGCAGGAUUCGCUUUCAGGACGGCUCAGUGGGAGCGGCUGACGUUCUGCUGUUCUGCACCGGAUACAACUUCAGGUACCCGUUCCUGGACGCGGCUCAGCUGGGUCUGGAGAUCCAUGACCAGGUGGUGUCUCCUCUGUACCGCUUCAUCAUGCCCCCCGCCUUCCCCUCGCUCUUCUUCAUCGGCAUCUGUAAAAUAAUCUGCCCCUUCCCCAACUUCGACUGCCAGGUCCAGUUCUCUCUGGCCGUGUUGGACGGCUCGGUCACGUUACCACCUCGGGCUCAGAUGGAGGACGAAGCCCUGCGAGGGCUGCGGGAAAAGGCGUCGCGAGGAGUCCUGCAGCGCCACCUGCUGAUAAUGGACAAGGAUCAGUGGGAGUACUGCGAGGCGCUGGCUCGCUCCGCCGGCUUCCCCCCGCUGCGGCCGGUCGUACGCAGCCUGUACGAGGAGGUUUGGCAACAGCGACGGAUUCACCCUGAAAACUACCGCAGCAACAACUACAGACUGAUCAGUGACACCCAGUGGGAGCUGAUCGACUGAUAGAAGGUUUACAGACUGAUGGUGAUUUCCAUCCUGCAACACUGUGAUUCACUUUGAAAUCAAUCAAUCUUUAUUUAUAUAGCAUCAAAUCACUUUACACAUAGAGCAAGUCUAGACCAAACUCUUCAAUUUAAUUUAAAGAAACCCAACAUUCCUCCAUGAGCAACAGUUGACGACAACGGAAAGGAAAAACUCCCCUUAAACAGGAAGAAACAUCAUGUAGUGCUUUGAUCCGAUGCAGUGGACAACGACGCUCCUGACCAGCAGGAGAAGUUUGGGGUUCGACAUCGCGAUCAAUCUGCAGACCUUGUAACUUGUAGACAAUCUGCUCUACCUCCUCCAGCUGCCUCACACUGACCAAACAGUGAAUGAUCAGCUUGUCUGGGAUGGCUGCUGCUGACAAACUGGCCAAACUAUGAAACUACAACUUCUUGGGACCAAAAAACAUUUUUCCUGCACUCAAUCAUGAGAAACGGAGCGUCUGUAAAAUGGUGGAGACGUUUCCACUGAGAAAUGACUUAGAAUUUGAUCCCUUUGGUCUGAUCGUGUUGGAAAAGUCUAGAAAAGCAACACGAUUUAAUUGUUUCAUUCCCCAUUGGAGUUAGCUCUAAUUAGCAUGCUCUACCGGUGCAUUGUCCCUAUAGAGAACAACACAAGUUCUUUCAGGGAUUUGCUUUACAGGAAGCAGGAAACUCUCUUUAUACAUCAAUGGUUGAAGCUUGUUUAGAAGUAAAGACUUGAAGAAGUGGAAGUUGAAUAAACUCAUUAGGUGUGUUUCCAUCCAGACCUUUUAUGUACUUUUUCUGAGAUGGAAUAUUUUUCUAAAGUUCUGACUAUAAUCAUUGCAUUUGGAUAUAAACACUAUCUGCUCAUUGUGAUCAUGUAACUUCUGCCGUUGAUUGAAAGUCUCUGCUCAGCAUCGUCUCUCUGUAUCACACACUGAAUAAAAGAGUGGAAA